CCCCGCCCCUCGCCGGAAGCCCCGGUGGGCGGAGGUAGGGCUUUGGUCACCCUCGGGGCCCCGGCGGCCCGGUCCGCCCCGGGUAGCGUCCCCCGGGUCCCCCGAGCUGGCUUUCCCAGGAGGCCGGGACGAGUUUCGGGCCUCCGUGCCCCGCGGGCGGCCCAGCUCCAGAGCUGGGGCCCGGGCUGCUGGGGCCCGCUUCCCGCCUCCAGGGGCCGGCGGCGGCCGCUGGGUACCGGCGCGGGCGGCUCAGCACCUCAGACCUUGCUCUUCCAGUCGCCGAGGUGGCGGGCCGACCCCUGGGCGGCCAGUGCAGACGGCCGCCAUUCCCGUGUCGCUGCGACCGCGGGGGCCGCCCGAGCCGCCCACCAUGCCGCUGGGCCUGAAGCCCACCUGCAGCAUGUGCAAGACCACGUCGUCCUCCAUGUGGAAGAAGAGUCCACAGGGCGAGAUCCUCUGUCAUCACUGCACCGGCCGGGGCGGCGGGGGCGGCGGCGCGGGAGUGGCGGGCGGGACCGGGGGCGGAGGCGGCUUCGGCACCGCUACCUUCGCCACCGCCUCGGCCGGUCCGUCGCAGAGCAACGGGGGCGGGGGCGGCAAGCAGAGUAAGCAAGAAAUUCACAGAAGGUCCGCUCGGCUCAGAAAUACCAAGUACAAAUCUGCACCAGCUGCUGAAAAGAAAGUUUCCACUAAAGGAAAAGGGAGAAGACAUAUUUUUAAGUUAAAAAACCCUAUCAAAGCUCCUGAGUCUGUGUCUACCAUAGUCACCGCAGAGUCAAUCUUCUACAAGGGAGUAUAUUACCAAAUUGGUGAUGUUGUUUCUGUGAUUGAUGAGCAAGAUGGGAAGCCGUACUAUGCUCAGAUCAGGGGUUUCAUUCAGGACCAGUAUUGUGAGAAGAGUGCCGCACUGACAUGGCUCAUUCCCACCCUCGCUAGUCCCAGAGACCACUUUGAUCCUGCAUCAUAUAUAAUAGGGCCAGAGGAAGAUCUUCCAAGGAAGAUGGAGUAUCUGGAAUUUGUCUGCCACGCACCUUCUGAGUAUUUCAAGUCAAGAUCAUCACCAUUUCCCACAGUUCCCACCCGACCAGAGAAGGGCUACAUAUGGACUCAUGUUGGACCUACUCCUGCAAUAACUAUUAAGGAAACAGUUGCCAACCACUUGUAGUUACAAAACCAAACCGGGGCAUGCUUACUUAGCAAGUGUAAAGCUUCAGUUUUAAUCCUAGAACAUACAUACAUAUCCCAAAAUAAAGCCGGAUUUUCAGUUUUCUUAUAUUUAUAACAAGAUAUGCCACA